ACGGGAAAUUGUACUUUUUCAUUUGACAACGUGCUCGCCGUUCUGACGAAAUUUUACUUUUUAAUUUGACACAGUGCAAUUAAGUAAAUACCGAAAAUGCUGCGUGUUUCCAAGUUGUUGCCUGGUCUUGUGCGCCAAGCCGGCGUUGUGCCCACAAAUGCAUCUGGUGCUUCUAGCAUGUUCCGCUGCCUGCCAGGUGCAAGCAAUGGACUGUGGGGCCAGCAGCGCUACAAGUCUGGCGAGGUCAAGGGUGCUGUCAUUGGCAUUGAUUUGGGCACCACCAAUUCCUGCCUGGCCGUCAUGGAGGGCAAGCAGGCAAAGGUCAUUGAGAAUGCCGAGGGAGCCCGCACCACGCCCUCCCACGUUGCCUUCACCAAGGAUGGCGAACGUCUCGUGGGCAUGCCCGCCAAGCGUCAAGCUGUGACCAACUCAGAAAACACUUUCUACGCCACAAAGCGCCUGAUUGGCAGACGUUUCGAUGAUCCUGAGGUGAAGAAGGACAUCAGCAAUCUGUCCUACAAGGUCGUCAAGGCCUCGAACGGAGAUGCCUGGGUCUCGUCCACCGAUGGCAAAGUGUACUCCCCCUCCCAGAUUGGCGCCUUCGUUCUGAUCAAGAUGAAGGAGACGGCCGAGGCAUACCUGAACACACCCGUCAAGAACGCCGUGGUGACUGUGCCAGCCUACUUCAACGACUCGCAGCGUCAGGCCACCAAGGAUGCUGGACAGAUUGCCGGUCUCAAUGUUUUGCGUGUGAUCAACGAGCCAACUGCUGCGGCGCUGGCUUACGGCAUGGACAAAACAGAGGAUAAAAUGGUCAUCCAGUCGAGCGGCGGUCUGAGCAAGGACGAAAUCGAGAACAUGAUCAAGAAGGCCGAGGAGUACGCCAGCGCCGACAAGAUCAAGCGCGAACUGAUCGAGAUCGUGAACCAGGGCGAGAGCAUAGUGCACGACACUGAGACCAAGAUGGAGGAAUUCAAGAGCCAGCUGCCCGCCGAGGAGUGCGAGAAGCUGAAGAAGGAGAUUGCCGAUCUGCGCACGUUGCUGGCCAACAAGGAAACAGCCGAUCUGGAGGAGGUCAGGAAGGCAACCAGCUCGCUGCAGCAGGCCUCACUGAAGCUCUUCGAGAUGGCCUACAAGAAGAUGUCCGCUGAGCGCGAGAGCAGUGCUGGUGCCGGAUCCACCGAAAGCGCUGGAUCCACCGAUAGCAGCAGUUCAGGCGAUGCAUCGGGCGAGAAGAAGAAGGAAGACAAGAACUAAAUUAGGCAACCAUAGUUAUAGUUGUUGUUCCCCCUAUUUAAUGAUAGCCCCUUUUGGAUUUCUAUUAAGUUUUACGUUUAACAUAACUACAUCAUAUUCCUUUUCCAAAUCACAAACCACAACCGGCAUUUACCCCCAACAAGUGAGACGAAAGCGACGAAACCCAGAAAAUGCCAUCCAUCGAUCGAUUGCAUAAAGUUUUUAUUGUUUAUUAUGGAAUCGAUCGAUGGUGCUGUCUGCGGCGGUGCUGUGUUCCCCGUAAGAUUUUGCUUAUAUUUACGUUUAUUCUAACUACCGUCUAGUUGUACGCUAACCGAUCACAGCACAAAACACGCGACAGUCUGGUAGGGUCAUAGGUCAUACUAUAAGCUACAUUUUGGUACGUUGGUUUCCAGUGGACAACCAACCGACAAGCGACACUGGGUAAAAGCAAAUUAAAUUUAAAUAUCGAUGUAAACAUAAAAUAAACAAACAAAACCAUACACACACAUA